AUGACAAAACUUUGGGUCAAAUUCAAGCCAAACAACGCUACAAGGGUAUCUACUGAAGACUGCGAGAAUGUAGAUGACCUUCUUAAAGCCUGCAAGAAGGAGCUCUCUCCUCACUUUGAUUCCUAUGCAAUUGACCAACUCUCCCUUUCCACUACGGAUGGUGGUACUCCUUUACAACCAGACGACCCUAUUCCUGCUCAGAAUACAGCAAAGACUCCUCUAUUCAUCACUGUUGCAGACAGUUCUUUAGGGAGUCGCUCUUUAUCAAAAUCUAGCUUAAAAGCUCCUCAUCCUAAACGAAAAGAAAGAUGGGAACAACUCAAUGAAAUUCUUGAAAAGAACAAAAGGAAAUCCAAGGCGACUGAUUCAACAGCAUAUUCGUAUGUUUCUUGGAAUCAGGUCAAGGAUGUACUACGAACUACUCCUUAUAUCCAAUCUUCAAAGGCUAUUCCAGAUACUCAAUUCAAUAUUCUCACACAGUAUUUGUCGUUUGCCACAAAGUGCUUUGGUUCAGUUAUAUCAUUCAUGGGACCUCAGAGACUUCAUUUGAUUGCACCAAUCAUUAUUUGUGUGCUUCCUGUUCAACGGAGAUCAGCAGAGAUUGGUCACUUGGAUUCAGUCUAUGGAAUUGUUACCAACUAUGCGCAGUGGAGUUUCUUGCGUAGUCUUGAUGAAAAGAUUGAGAUGGACGAAUGUUCCAUCAAGUUGUUGCCUGGAGGUGAACCUAGUACAGAUUCUCUUGUCGAUAUCACUGGAAAAAUCUAUGCUAUGCUAUCCGAUGAAUGA